AUGAGGUUACCAUUCAGAAAGAAGAGACAGGAGAGAGAAGGCUUGGCGUCGCCCGUCUUUGACGAGUUCCGAGCAGUCGGCGGAUAUGGACUAAAACCUCUAUUAUUCCCUCCGUCUCGGUUCUCCGCACAGCUUCUGGCAUCGCUACCGCCCAGGGUACUUGAGCGGAUCUUUGUGUUCGUUUGUCCGCACGCUGUAGACGACAGCUACGAGACCUGCGAGAAGAGCGCAAACGAGAAGGGCUGCAUGCUAUGUGAUUUACGGGACCUGUCGCGUUGCGUUCAGGUAAAUCGAGCAUGGAGGGCAACUGCCAUCAAGAUCCUAUACCAUAGUGUUCGGAUCGAUCCUGUUCAUUACUGCCAGCUCGAAGCAUUCCUUGCAGAACGACGGAAGAGGACUUCGCGAUUUGACAGAAACGGCACCCCCGAAGACCCAGCUCUUGCGCGACUGAGGCUUCUCCGCCGAACCGUUCGCGACGAUCCCACGCGAAUUGGAAAGACGGUGCGGUUCCUCAAGACGCCAUACAUGAUUCGAGAAUCGUGUCAUGUUGAGCUGGCGCAAACUAUUGCCGUGCUACCCAAUCUUAAGUACGUGGACCUACCUGAGGGUAUGUUCUCCGAUGAACCGUCGUACACAACGCUGCGACUAGAAGUCCAAGCCCGGUGCUCCAACAUUCGGAAAACGACGUACGCGGGUGGUUCUGAACGCAGCUUUGCCAGCCUCAUGUCGGGCCAGAUCUGGCCGUGUCUCGAAGUCUUGGAGCUAAAGCGCCUGAACGUGGAUCCGAAGGUAUUGAGAGGUGUGUUGACAUGCUUGGGUAAUCUCCGCGCUCUGAAGGUUGCCGAAACGUACAGCUUGUCGGACGAGGUUCUACUUGCCGACGAGAGCCUCCCCCCGUUGCCGGCGCUGGAGGAGCUCGUGCUCAAGGAUACGCCCAGCCUGACGUCAGCCGGCCUCAUCGACUACCUAUCGUUCUACGAAACCCAAAACGCUCUCAAGGUCCUGACGCUCAAGGAUACUGGUAUCCAGCCAUGGAAGUUGCAAGACGUGUUGGCAAUGGCGCCGUCAUUGAAGACGCUGGUCAUGCAGUCCGAGAUAUCCGAUUCCUUCCCCACCGGCGAGGCCAUCCCGCCACUUAAGCACACGGGGCUGACGACACUGCGAUUCGAGAUAUCGUCCACGUCUGCAGCCGGGCCGUUUGCCACCCAAGCCUACCACGCGUACCUGGCAAACUCCAUCCUGACGGGAAAUCUACCGCGAUUGCGCAGACUUUAUGUCCUCGACGAGCAGUUUCCAGACCAGCUGCGAAAUCUGCCGCCGCCCACUCCUACUUUUGCUGGUGGACGCGUCCGGACGGGGUACAGCGCCUCGGCCUCGGCAUACGACCCGCCCUCCCCGCGAGUGACGGCUCCGGGGUCUGGACUUUUGUCACCGACCAGCCCGACCCGCCAGCACAUGCCGAGCUUGCUCAACCCGCACAGACUCAGCUCGAACAAUCCCUUUGCAAACAUGAAGAGCGGAGCGGGAUUGUGGCCAGUGCUUCCUCCGACGCAGACACUCGAAGUCUUCACCAAGGACGACGAGCAUGGCAAAUGGAACUUUGCGCAAGUAGACUCCCUGACGGAUCCUGCGACGGCGCCUUCUCACCGAUGGAGCAGCAGCUACGGGCUGGCUGCAGAUGUGACUGGGCAGGGCUGGGAUCGUGGCGAAGCACGGCGCAGCAUCAUGAUUGGAGACGGCACUGGAGCGUUUCUGCCCCUAGACGGGGCCGAGGACGGGCCCCGUAGGUCGGAGGUCUUUGCCCUCGGUCCUGUGCCCGUACGCGGCGGCAUGAAACCGCGGAGCAGCAGCAGGGACGGGAAGGUUCUUGGAAUUUGGAGCAAGGUGUAA